ACGCAUAACGGAUUCCAACGUUGUGGGGAGAAAAUAACAUUACAUCUGGAUAACACUUGUGGUAGAAUCAGAAUAGGGAUAUUUGGUGAAGUCACGCUUGAUCCACUGAGGUCGCUUUCAAUCAGACAUUAUUCCUUUGUUUUCGAUGAUUUGUGGCCACCUAUCGUGCGGACAAA